AAUUCCACAAUCAUCGUGGUCCCAUCGAGACAUCAAGCUUUUGGUUUGAAGAAAUACUUUAAAUCCAAACAGCAAUGGAAACCAGCACCAUUCUAAAGGAGCAGGAGAGCAUCGCCAAGACCAUCGAAAGGCUGCGGACGAACUUCAAGAAGGAUGGCCCUAGCAAAUGGAAAGCGCCUUACCUUGAAAACAAGGUUAAGGAGCUCAACUCAUAUUGGAGGCAGUUCGUGACCAACAAUGCGACUCUCACAUCUCAGCUCCCGGGAAGUCAUCCUUAUAUCCUGCAUAAUUUAUACCAAGAAACCAAAACGGUUUACGAGGAUUUUAUGCAAAAAAUCAAAAACUGCCCUGAGUUUGAGAAAGACUCUAACUCAGAGUCGGACGAUACUCCACCAACAGAUGCGGGGUUACUUCGACCAUCGAAACUUUCCAGUACUACGGAAAGUGUGACAGUGACGUCUGAAUCUUCAUCUGACGUCAUCUUCAUCCCAACAACAACAACACCAGUAGUUACACAGGCCGUGUACACUGGGACAAUUCCACGUCAAUACGACAAGGUUGCGACAACCAGCAACAACGCAGUUACUACUACUAUUUCCAGAUGGAAUCAACCCAUCACCACGACUGAGCAUCCGCUCAAUACAACUACGCCAACUUGGAAUCCAUCUUCUACAACAACAGGGGUGAACAAUUUUCCGAACAACCCUCCAUUUUUGGGAAACUUCAAUACCUGGCCAUCUUGGGCUUCAUAUGGUGUACAGCCAGUCACAUCAAUCUACAAUCCAGGGCAAUAUCUGCCACCUUACGGGCAAUAUGGUGGACAACAAGGCCAUCUCCCGGCUUGGCAAAAAACCCAUUUGCCAAAACUCCCACCAGUUCAAAUUCCAAAGUUUAACGGAAUUUAUAAGGAUUGGUAUAAGUUUUAUGAUGUCUUCAAAAGCGUCAUACACGACAACUAUAAUCUGGGGAACGUGACCAAAUUUCAAUAUCUUCUCUCUUACUUGGAGGGGGAGGCUGCAACCUUGGUUUCAACACUUCGGCUUAGCGACACGAACUACAUCGCCGCUCUAGAAAUACUGGAGGAACGCUACAAGAAUCCCCGACGCAUUAUUACUUCUUACUUGGACAUCGUCGUCGACCAUAAAAAGUUGGAGCAUCGCGUAGCAGAGGACCUUUCAUCUCUUCAUGGUGCCAUUCGGGAAUGUCUGACUGGACUAGCUAACAUGGGCUACAAAACCAAUGAAUGGGACGCUAUAAUAGUGCACAUCGCCAUGAAGAAGCUGGACAACGAAACACAGCGUCUCUUUGAUGAAAGUUUGGAUUCCGCAAAAAUAAUGCCAACAUUAAAGGUAUUAUUGGAGUUCUUGAUGAAACGCCACCAUAAUCUGUUGAAUUUCAACAAGGGCAAGAAAUCAGCUAAGCCAGAGGCAGCUACAAGUUCAACCAACAAGAAAACCUUCCACUCCACAGUUCAGUCGUGUGGUAUGUGCAAAGAACAACAUUCAAUAACUAAAUGUGACAAAUUCAAGGCCCUCAGCACAUUCAACCGGAAGAAAACGGCGGAUAAGCUAAGUCUCUGCUUAAAUUGCCUCAUGCAUAAACGUACCGAGAAAUGCUUCAGCAAGAAAACAUGCUACGAAUGCCAAAAACCACACCACACUCUUCUCCACUUUAAGAAGGAGGCAGAGGAGAAUGAGCAGUCCAAUAAUACAAACGAAACUGCUUCCGACACAGACACAUCAAAUGACGAAGAGGUCAAAUCCCUUGCAAUCCGCAAGGAACACACUGUCAUGUUAGCGACAGCGCUCGUGAAAGUGAAAUCAACAUCUGGGCGGACGGAGUUACUGAGAGCUCUUGUGGAUCCUGGAUCACAAGCAAGUUUCAUCACCGAAGAUGCCGCUCAGAGUCUUCAACUUAGGAAGAACCGAAUCAACACUACAAUCUCUGGAAUAGGAAAAACAACAGCUGGCUCAUCCCGUUACAAAGUCCAGCUUAUCAUGGGUCCAAGAUUUCCGUCAUCUUUUGCGAUGGAGAUUUCCGCCUUCGUGCUACCGAAAAUCACCAAUUCUUUGCCAGAAAAGGCAAUACAACUACAAAGCGAAGAUAAUCACGACAACAAAAUUCUUGCUGAUCCGACUUACAUGACGCCCGGCCCAAUUGAUCUACUUUUAGGGGCUGACGUGUACACAUAUAUCGUGGAGAAUGACUUGAGGAAAGUCAAAGACGGACAGCUCACUAUGCAAAAUACCAAACUUGGGUGGACCUUGAUUGGGAAAACAUCGACCACACCAGACUCUCCACGAGUAAUAAGCAUGAUCUCUGUUAUCAAAUGGGAUCAACCACUAGACCAACCUUGGGAUAUAAAUGACGACACACCCAAGAAGGCAACUGCUGUGACUGCAGAACAACGGGCCACUACUGAUAGAAAUGCCUUAGAGUUCCGCCCCCCCGCAAGACCCCACUUUGGGGGAUUCUCUAAAAUUGAUGUAAAAUCACACUCGGAUCCAGAUGGAAUAAUCCAAGUGGCGACCGGGAAGUUCAGAGGAUAUAAGAAGGAUCGACCAGUCCAUAAGCUCUGCCAAUUUUCUACGAACGUCCAUGAUCAAGAUUCCGAUCUUUCCACUCGUAACAAGGAUUUACCUUCAGGAUCUGAAACUGAAAAGGCCAACUCGACAGAUGCUCCAGCCAAUAUCAAAAUGUCAAAGAGGCUCAGGAGAAAGAAGACAUCUUCAAUGGUUUCUAACCUAAAGAAAAUUACAAAAGUUGCUCCUUGCAGAUGGACAACAUCAAUACUUCAUGCUGUACUCAUGAUCUUCAUGCUGUUCAGCACUAUUUUAGCUACGUCUAACAACCCUGACAAACCCAACAUCGAAGUUUUUAUUCCAGAACCGGGACUUUACAUUGAGAAGAUGGGGAUUGCACGUCUACAACGUGGGAAUCUUCAAGUGGAAAUCACAUAUACAACAGCUGAAUCUCAAAGAGAUCAGGAACUAAUCAACGCAAUCUGGGACAAGAUGUCAUUGGCCUGCAAAACAGCAAGCGAAGCCGUGUCGGACGCUGAUACUACUUGCACACAUAACAUCAAUCACCUCCAACAUAAGAGGGAUUAUUUACUUGAGGAAAUCAACCGUAUAUCAGAAAAACAAGGUGUACGCAAAAAACGUGGAUUACUUGGCCAAGCAGUGACAUAUCUCUUUGGGGUUAAUGAUCAAGUAUAUGCAAGCAUUGAUCAACUCAAGGAGAGACAGGAAGACACACAGAAGCUGAUCAAGCAACAAUCAUUGAUGCUGAGUACAAAGGUGGAUCUGUCCAACACCAUAAUAGAAAACAAACUUCGGAAAUUUGAUGAAAAAAUCAUGCAGAUCAACGAGGCCAUAGGUGAAAUGGCCAACUGGUAUGUUGGAAUAGACCACAACCGAGUGCGCAUUGACAUUUUAACCACCUACAUCAAUGCUGCUGACUGUUACGAGGAACUCGACAGGAAACUGACCAACAUUCAACUCGCGAAAGAUGGGAAGCUAGAUUUACAUAGCCUCGUCACGGGAAGAACCCUCCAAGACACUAUUCAAAGGACAUUGAGGCACAUCGGUCCAGACUUUGAUAUACCCCGAAGGCAACGAGAGCCAAGUGACUACAUCUUUCGGGACAGUGAACUUGUCAUCUUCGGGAAAUACCCCAUUCUCGAAAAGGAUGAGUUUCAUCUCAUUCACAUAACACCAAUUCCCAUAGCAGUGGAAAACGGCACAUUCAUCGUGUCAGAAAUAGAAGCAGACACAAUGGGAAUCGAUUUCAACAAACAGAUUUACUUCACAUUAGAGGAUGGACACAAUCAGUGUUCUCCUAUCGGUUCCGGGGAAUACUACUGUACACUAAGUCUCUUGCACAACAUGGAUCAGAACCCUAACUGCGUAAUCGACGAAAUAUAUCAUCGACACCCAAAAACCAAAUGUGAGAUGAUAGCCGUUCGCUUAGAGGGGACGUUGUGGAAGAGGUUAGCAAUGGAAAACACGUGGUUGUUCAUUGCUUCACAACCAACGUCCGUUGCAGUCAUCUGUAUGGGGCAUCGAGAAGAGAAGCUGCUGAAGAAUGCUGGAAUUCUCCGGAUUAAAGAAGGCUGCGUUAUCAAAACCAAGAGGCAAACCCUUCAUUCAACGAUAGAACACCAUAUGAAGGCUUCUGCUACAUACAUUAAGCCUUUAGAGUUUGCAGUCGUAGAGUCUUCCGGACUCAGAAAGAUCGCUAUAAUUGACCCGAAGCCAAUCAUCAAUGGGCAGAACUUAUUCCACCAAGCCAAAAAUGUGGAAGUGCCCGAACCACCAACAUACGGAGAAAUUAUAACCCAUCCAGCAGUGAGCAGUGGAUCCGUCUUGCUCAUCAUUGGUCUACUUUGUUGGAUAUCCCGGAAGCAGUGGAAAAGGCUCUGGAGCAAGUGCCACAAACCAAAGGAAACACUGGCCGAGAAGUUUGGAAAGCUGCGGAUUUCUCAACCAGCUCAUACUGCCCCCGGCCAGGAUGUUCAUACAUGA